UUUGCAUAGACACAAAAUGGAUUUUAAUUCUAAGUAUCCCCCUUUCGAAUUGCAGAAAUCUCGAUUCGAUCAGGGAACAUUUUAUGGAAGACUACGCCACUUUCUUGAUGUUAUUGACCCAUCCACACUGUUGACAACUGAAUCAAAACUGAAUGAAUGUAUACAGCUAUUGGAUGACUAUAAGAAUAAAAAGACACCACCAGGUACAACAGAUGAACAGUUAUGGCGAGCACAGAAGGUCAAACAGGCAAUUAUUCACCCUGAUACAGGUGAAAAAAUUUUGAUGCCAUUCCGAAUGUCAGGAUAUGUACCCUUUGGAAGUCCAAUUGUUGUAGGUCUGUUGCUGCCCAACCCUUCCAUUAAAGGGGUGAUCCUAUGGCAAUGGCUUAAUCAAAGUCACAAUGCUUGUGUCAACUAUGCCAACAGGAAUGCCACUAAGCCAACACCAACCUCGAAGUUCAUGGCUGGAUACAUAGGUGCUGUCUCAAGUGCUGUGUCUAUAGCUGUUGGUUUGAAUCAGUUGAUCAAAAAAGCUGAUAAAUUCAGUCCCUCUACCAAAACAUUAAUUUCCAGAUUUGUUCCUUUUCCAGCCGUUGCGGCAGCCAAUGUUUGCAAUGUAUUACUGAUGAGGAACAAUGAGUUGUCUGAAGGGAUAGAUGUUGUGGAUAGUAACCAGAAAGUAGUUGGCACAUCAAAAAUUGCUGCUAAGCGGGCUGUGCGGGAGACGGCAAUCACGAGAAUGUUCUUGCCAGCCCCAAUCUUGAUGCUCCCUCCUUUAGUCAUGUCACUGGUGGAGAGGACACGAUUUUUGAAGGCAAAUCCUAAGUACCACCUGGCGGUGAAUGCGGUAGUGUGUACCGCUGUGUUUGGUUGUGCCUUACCUGUUGCCAUUGCAUUGUUUCCUCAGUAUUCACAGAUAGCUGUGGCUGACUUGGAACCGGAAUUCCAGACCAAGACGACUGAAUCAAUAUUGUCUUAUAACAAAGGCCUUUAGUGACAUAGAAACUAACAUUGUCCACUUCCAAUGUGCUAUUGUUACCUUAUACAAUGAGUUCUCGUGACCUCAUGGAGCAUUUUGUAUAAAUAUAAUUAUUAUAUUUAUUGUAUUUAAAAAAUGCAGCGAAUUUUGAUUGUGCACCUUAAUGAUUGAGUAAACACCUUAAUUUAAUGUUGAUGUAUCUUUAAUACCAAGACACUAUCCACAUACCAAAAGGUUUUUUUACCGUUUUAAUGCGUAUUGGCGCUGGCGUUUUACUUUCACGAAUGAUGAUAAAGCUGUAAAACAUGGAGAUUCGUUUAUGAAGUAUGAAAUUUUGAUAUUUACCUUCUUUCUUAUCAAGUUUAUGAUAUGAUUCUUAUAGAACUUCUCAAACAAAUGACAAAAAAGAAUAACUCUCUUUUUGUUUUAAUGUAAGUGAGGAACUUUGUUUGCCGCCUUGGUUCUGUUGUAAAGAGGAAAAGUUUAUUAAUAUGACAUCAGAAGAAAUAUAAAGUAUGAAAUAAAAGGAAAAGAUAUGGGGCCAAAGUUUUAAAGCAUGAACGUUUUACCAUCGUUUUUUGUUUCUGGUCUAGCUAUUAAUAAUUUUAUAUUGCUGAAUGGGGAAUGGUGAUAUCUAGUCAUGUUUAACGAUAGUGAAAUAUAUACAUUGAUCUUCAUUAAUUAGUAUGCUUGAAAUAUUUUAAUUUACAAACGUAUCGAUAAUAUCAAUCAGAUAUUUUAAAACAGAAAAAGACAAUCCCAACUCUUAAUAAUGUGACGAUGUGAUAUAUUUUUCAUUAAGUGUCUUUGUAUAUAGUUAUACAGAUAUCAUCUAGUUUAAGAGUUAUAAAUAUGUUCCUCUUACUGUAUUGUAAUUAUAACAUCCUAUUAAUAUUUUACCUCGUUGGACGUGGUGCUACAGUAUUGCUUUGGGAAACUUACAUAUAUUAUUUGGAAAUUUCUGUUAGAUAUACAUUUUAGGCACUGUUAUUUUACAUGUUAGUGAUGUAUAUAGCUUUUCGCGAAGUAUUUUUCUGGGUUUUUUUCCGCGAAGUGUAUCUAUGUUAUACUUAUAGUUUUAUUAGUAUUUCUACACAGUACGAAUGAUCUAGGGAGACUUUACUCCAUUUUUAGCUGAGCGCAUGUUAAUUGAAAUAUGUGAAUGACAAUUAAAAAAAUAUAUGGUACUACAUCUAUUUUCAUGUAGUAUUAGCAUAUGUCACAUGUCGAAAGAAAUCUUGAAGACCGUGUUGUAUUUGUUCCUUAUGUUUGAAAUCUCCGAUCAGAAAAGUGGUUGUAGAAUAUGAUAUAAACAACCUUCUCAUCACUGUUAGAUUAUUUCAACAUGGCAUACAGACACCUGAACAUGAGUAUAGAAUGAAAAUUGCCCUCGCAACUGCUGUGAAAACAUGUAGAUUCAACACGAUGUUAUGAAGAUUGUAUUUGUUUAACGAAAUUAUAACAUCAAAUAGAAGCCAGUACGUUUGAGGUCAGAUUGAAAUGAAAACAUAAAUUAUACCCAGGAAGUUUGUAUAUUUACAGUACAAAUAUGAAAAUGUCUCUUAGAAAGAAUUUUUAAAUUGAUUGUUUUAAGUUAUGAAGUCGAUAAUUUAAUAAUUUGUUCAUCUGGUCUUAAAGUUUUCAUUUGAAUUGAACUCGUUACAGAAAUAU